ACAUUAUCAAGUCAAAUCAUGCUCUCUUGAAACGGAGCACGUACUCGUGCGACGUGGGAGAAGACUUGGAGGAGCGAGCUUCGGUAGAUGAGAAAGGGACCAUCGAGUUUUCCGCACUCCGCAGUACAGCGCAUCCCCGGGCGGCACGCUUUGAAAGGUCGAAGAACUCGCCUGCCUCCACCGUCCGCCUCUAUCCAUCUCCGUUUCCCUGCAGCGGAAAACCUACGACCGAAGGCGAAUUCCUGCCUCACGCGGUUUCUUCUCCAACCCCAAAGGGUUAAUGGGGUCAGAAGGACCUCCUGCUGUGACUAUUCAUGUUACUGGAUUUAAGAAAUUUCAUGGGGUUGCUGAGAACCCAACCGAGAAAAUUGUGAGCAAUCUUAAAUCUUUCAUGGAAAAGAGAGGGUUGCCCAAAAACCUUAUACUUGGAAGCUGCACAGUUCUCGAAGCUGCUGGGGAGGGGGCACUUGGAACAUUAUAUGAAGUUCUAGAAUCUACUAUUGGAGACAGAGCGAAUGGGUCAUCAGUUCAGGGGCAAGUAAUUUGGAUCCACUUUGGGGCCAGCAGUGGUUUAACAAGGUUUGCCCUUGAGAAUCAAGCUGUUAAUGAAGCCACCUUUGCUUGUCCGGAUGAGCUAGGAUGGAAACCUCAGAGGGUCCCUAUUGUUCCAUCUGAUGGAAGCAUCUCACGGACGAGAGAGGUAAAGACUACUCUUCCAGUGAAUGAAUUCACCAAGACACUCCGAAAGAUAGGCUAUGAUGUGAUGCCUUCAGAUGAUGCUGGUCGAUUCAUAUGCAACUAUGUGUACUACCACUCUCUUCGGUUCGCAGAGCAACACGGCAUCAAAUCUCUGUUUGUGCAUGUGCCCCUUUUCUUGACAAUCGAUGAGGAGGUUCAGAUGCAUUUUGUUGCUUCCCUUCUUGAAGUUCUUGCUUCCUUGAACUAUGAACAACAGUUCAUUUAAAGGUAGGUCUACUUGGACAAAGGGAUUUACACCACAAUGAAGGCUUGGACAAAUGUUUCUAAACUCGAAACUGCCAUGAAUGUCUGCAGAGUAAAGAUUUAGCAUGCCCAAGUGCAGAAAAACAGGGUCAGGUAGUUUACUGUGAAAGUUUUUGUAAUAAUGUAAAUAAUAUAUUAUCAUCACAGCAAAGAUGGUGUGGCCAUUUGGUGAUAUUAUUCAUGUUCGUAAGGUUGUGUUUGGUGAUAUUGUUCA